CUAACUCGAAUUGAUCGCCCUAACUUCUUCCCUCCAGUAAUUGACUGCGACCGCCGCGCUUUGCUCCGCCGAAACUCAAUCGCCGACGCCCUGAACGAAAUUGACAUUAAGCAAAGGGUAAGCGUCCUCAAUCGUCCACCUUCUUUCCUCCAAAAAUUGACGCCGACUGGACAAGCAAAGCAGAACCAGUCAUUCCUGAUCGACCCGCGAUGAGUCAGAUGGAGGGGCCGACCCGACCCGCAGCCAGGCGGACGAUUCCUUCUUCCUCCUCCAAAAACCAUCGCUCGGCAUGAGUAGAGACGAUUGAACCGGCGGAGCAGAACCCAGCAAAGGUGAGGUGGCGGUGGUUGAGUUUCGGCAUAGCAGUUGGGCGGAAAGAAGGGGAAGGG